AUGCAACCUAUGGCCGUGGUGUUCUAUGGGCUUUCCCCAAGAAAGUUCCAGACAGAAGUACUGGUCGAGCUUCUUACUCCCAUACCAAAACUGGCUGUAAUGUUCCUCGAGGGCCGACCUCACUCACUCGGCCUCAUCACCGGCUUGCGCAGCAUGCUGCAUUGCAAGACGUCUCGCAAUACCUCUGGCCCUGCAAACAUCACAAUGCGCGCCGGUCUCAACUGGCAUGAACGCGUAGCAAUUGCUGCACGUUCCCUGUCCGCGGGACUGGCGGAUCAAAAUUUCUACCAUUGCUGCCAACCCGGGCCGAUUGCCCAAAUGCUCAAGGCACGACCGACUGCGCGGCCCUGCCUUCUAGGCCCGGGCGUUGCAGCCUGCGCGGCCACACUGCUUUUGAUGUCGGGCGUGAAGCACAGCUGCCGCUUCCCGGAUCAUGUGUUGAAUUUCGUCUGUCUCAGUCUCCGGAGUGAUGUUCAGGAGAGCGACCACCGCUGGGUGCAAAAAGUCAGGAUGGGGAACUGGCUGCUGAUGGAGAGGAGCCACCUGGCCUUGAGGAGGCGCCGGAUUCUGAUAAGGUGCCAGAUUCUGAUGGGGAGCCACUUGCUGAAGUGGCGCCGGAUGCUGAUCAGAUACCAUCUGUUGGUGAAGAGGAGCCGACUGCUGAUUCUGAUUAGAGGUAAGAAAGUCCGGAUUUUGGUGAGGAGCCAUCUGGUUGUGAGGGGCAGGCUGCUGGUGAGAAGCUACCUGGUGUUGAAGAGGCGCCGACUGCUGAUUCUGAUCAGAGGCAAGAAGGCCCGGAUUUUGGUGAGGAGAAAUCUGGUGGUGAGGGGUAAUUUGUUGAUUGAGAGCGGUCUGCACAUGGGAAGGAGCCAGCUGCUGAGAAGGAGGAGCUGGAUGAUGAUGAGCCAUUUGCUGCGGCUGGAGCUGGUUGUUCAGAAACGUCUGGUCAAGUGUUUCCUGGUUUUGCGGGCUCAACGUGCCACUGCUGAGAUUACCCUGAUGGGGUUGGGGUUGCUGUUGAAAAGCCCCAAGACUCGGAUCCACGCCGGAUGGUUGAUCCACGACACCGAGGCUAUUUCCCUGGAGGCUAUGAACGAGGUCUGCGCCGGGGUUCAUCAUGGAAACACCUGA